AUGAUCACUAAUUUUACGGAAUCAUAUUAUAUUACCAGGAAUCCAUACUUAUCACAUUAUAAUUUAUUAAACCGUAAAUCUGAAAAAUUAAAACAUUUUAUAAUCAAAGGAAUUGGAAAUGACUCCGAGUUAAUCAUAGGAGGAGAUUUGGAAGAAGUUCCCUCUAUAGUGAAACAAGUGCAAACUGAGGAAUCCAAGGAUUUUGUUGAUAAAUGCUGGGAUAAAGGUUUAAGCAUUCCGGAUUCAAUAGAUCUUUUAAACGGUGAUUCAGAUAAAGACAACGUUUCCAUCGUAAAUAAUUUUUUUAAUGAAACCUCUCCUAACUCUACCGACACAGUUGGUUUGGUAGAUAAAGUUGAAUCUGCCUCUUAUGAAGAUUUCUUCAGUGAUGAUGAGGACCCUAUGGAGGUUGAUUUUGGUUUAUUGUCUUAUUCUGAAAUAUUAAUAAUACUGAGAAUAAUUAAUGAAAAGAUAAACAAUUCACAAAGAGACAUUAAACCGGAAUUGAUUAAAAAAUUAAAAGAUAAUUUAAAUUUGGCUGAUUCAGAUGCCGAUGCACACCUUAAAAAUCUCUACAAAAUGGGAGAUUUUUUUAUUACUUUGAAUAAAACUGUUAAUAGAGAACCUCUGGACUUGAACUGGAUCCCUGAGUUUGAGGGUAAAAUCUUUAGAUUUCUAAAAGAAAAGGGUUACACACUUUCAAGAGUUACUUGGACAGAUGAAUGUGUAAUUCUACUCUUAAAAGAAAAGGAUAUUCCGGACAAGGAAAUCUCAAAUGUUCACGAUUCAAUAAAUUCAUUCAUACAAAACAUGGCAAGGAAUGAGGAGUUUAGAGGAUUAAGUAACAUUGGUCUAAUGGUAUCAGGAAGUGAUUAA